GUUGUCAACAACACGCAGUUGGAGUUUGUGGCAAUGCAUCUAAAUAAUGUAGCUGUACCCUUUGGCUUGGUGGCUGAAAACGAUUAGCCGACGUUUAAAUUAAAUGCAGUUUAUUUGCAGAGCAACUUUGGCAGCCAACGGACGCGACCCGAAAUGCCUUCAAAAUUGGUAAAUGCUACCGCAUCGCAGGCGACCGCCCUAAAGGGUGUUGCGCGGAACAGCAGCUAUGUUAUACCUGGACUGUACGAUCUGUCAAUUGAGGAUACAAACUGGGUGCUUACCUCAUCCUUCAUUAUCUUUACCAUGCAAACGGGUUUCGGAAUGCUUGAGUCUGGCUGUGUUUCCAUAAAGAACGAAGUCAACAUUAUGAUGAAGAAUGUGAUCGAUAUAGUACUUGGUGGCUUUACCUAUUGGCUUUUUGGGUACGGCAUUAGCUUUGGACGCGGACCUCUAUCGAAUCCCUUUAUGGCCAUUGGCGACUUUCUAUUGGAUCCACCAGUGGGCGAUGAGCUUAUGGGGCAAAUCUUUGCAGCAUUUCUCUUUCAACUUUCCUUUGCAACGACGGCCACAACUAUUGUGAGCGGCGCCAUGGCAGAGCGCUGCAAUUUUAAGGCCUACUGUUUGUUCUCUUUUCUUAACACGGUGGUCUAUUGCAUACCCGCUGGUUGGGUCUGGGGUGAGCACGGAUUUCUGAAUAAUUUAGGCGCUGUGGAUAUAGCAGGCAGCGGCCCAGUGCAUCUAAUUGGUGGUGCGUCGGCAUUUGCGUCUGCAGCCAUGUUGGGUCCACGAUUAGGUCGCUAUGCUGAUGGGUAUGAUCCUCUGCCACUAGGAAAUCCAGUCAACGCCUGCAUGGGUCUGUUUGUGCUCUGGUGGGGUUGGUUGGCAUUCAACUCGGGCAGCACUUAUGGCGUUAGUGGUGCCAAGUGGCAGUAUGCAGCUCGUGCAGCUGUCAUGACCAUGAUGGGCUCCUUUGGUGGAGGCUUUUUAAGCUCCAUCUACUCCUUUUGGCGUCACGAUGGUCGAAUGGAUAUUAUGGAUCUCAUUAAUGGCGUCUUGGGCUCACUGGUAUCAAUAACCGCCGGCUGUUUCUUAUAUCGGGCCUGGGAAGCCUUGAUAAUUGGCGCGUUUGGGUCGUUGCUUUGCGUCAUAGCCAUGCCACUAUUCGAUCGCAUGGGCGUGGAUGAUCCAGUUGGUGCCAGUGCAGUACAUGGUGUAUGUGGGAUUUGGGGUGUCAUUGCCGUUGGCCUGUUUGCCGACAAUCCCAUUCCUAUGGAUACCACAAAUGGACGCAGCGGUCUCUUUAAAGGUGGCGGCUGGUAUCUGCUGGGCAUACAGACUCUAUCUGCGUUUUGUUUAGCCUGUUGGGGUAUUUGCUCCACUUUCUUACUGCUAUACAUUGUAAAUAAGAUCAUACCCAUACGCAUGGAUCCACACGAAGAAUUACUGGGCGCUGAUCUUACCGAGCAUCGCAUACGCCACACACAAAUUGGUCUAUCUCGCGCCAUUUCUGCGCUGGCGCCCCUAAAAAUCGAUUUGAAUGAAAUUGCUGGCGUGCAGCCAAUAGGCAUAAAUCCUGGCCAUGAGCGACGCAUUGAACAGUUGCGCGCCGCUGAGAAUAAACUAGAGCAGUGGCAGUCAUAUUUGGCUCAAGUAAAUCGCGGCACCAAAAAGCAUGAUGAAGCUUCGAAGCAGCAAACGUCGGAUGAGCUGGAGGCUGACAUAAAUCUAGACAUCAAGUCUGCAUCGCCGUUAAAGCAGCAAACUAAUGUAUUUGGACGCAAGGUCAGAUCGGUGCAGAUUAAGCGCAAUAUCUGGAGUCAAGACCAGGGGAGCUACAUACCCAAAAAUACGGAUCUAUCUAUUAGUGGCAAUGUAGCCAAAGUGGAUAAGGAUGGCAACUUUGCAUGGAUUGACUAAUAACUUCUAGAGCCCUAAAAAUGAAAUCCAUUUACCAUAUAGUCACACCCUUUUCUACAUUUGUUAUGUACUUGGUUAUAAAAGUAGUUUGCAAUUGCUUGUAUAAAAGCCACUUUAAUAACAUGUGCAAUUCCCCC